AUGAGCAUGGAGGAACCCAUGUACCUGACAAAGAACCACCUCGAGUGUUGUGAGCGAGGAAGCGUCCACGAGGCGUGCGACAUGCCCCGAGUCCCUAUCAUCUUCACAUAUCCCGUUUCCUGCUUGCGUUGCAAAGAGAGAUGGGUUCUCAAGCAGAGCGAGAAAGUCCUCAGCAGCCGCUGCUUUAACAGGCUGCUGAUGAACCUGUUCGCGACCGAGCCAGUAGUCCAAGCCACCUGGGAGGCCGAGCUGCUGAGCCUCAUCCCCGUCAAGGCCGGUUCCGCCCCCUACCUAGUCCCGAGAACGCAGACGCUUAACUACCGUGCGUUUACUGCGAUAUUUCGCAUGCUUGCCAGAAGAGUGCCAGAGGUUCGGAAGGCUGAGACGUUCCUCGCCGUAACGGACAUGCAAGACGAGAGGACAGUGGACGACGCCCUGAAAUGGGAAUACGGGUAUUACAAGGCCUUUCUGAGGAGAAUGACUUUGUUCUGA